AUGCAUCAUCAUCAUCAUCAAUCUCCUUCAAGUUUAAAAGAAUUAAUCAACCAUCCAUCACCAUCUCAUCAUCAACAUCAUCAACAUCGUCACUUUUUAACUUUGAACUCAAUCCUAAGUCCUUCCUCAGUCACACCUCAAUCUCAUUAUAGAACUCAAUCUUCAAAAAUCACAAAUCAGUCUCCUAAUGAUCAUCCUCAAUCUCCUAAUCAACUUCAGCAUCAUGAACCGACUUCAUUUUUUAUUCAUCCCACUAAUUCUAAAUCUCACUUGACAGAUGAGUUCCUAAGUACAGAUGAAUUUGCUAGUGCAGAAGAAGGUGAUGAAAGUAUAUGGAUAGCAGGAUCAGCGGAUGAUCCAGAACUUUCAAGUAGUUAUACUUCUUCUUCGGCUACUUCUUCAAAUCAAUCUAACAACAAACCAAUCUCAAAACCAAUCAAAUCACCAUUCUUAUCAAUUCGAGAAACCUUAAUCAGACCUAGCUUACCACUUAGUUGGACUUCGGCUCCUAAUCUUAAAUCAUCAGAUUCAAAUCAGUCAUCUAAACAUACUGUAGCUAGGAAAUCUAAAUCGACUCUACCCACUCCGAUCUCUCGACAUUCUGAUCAGAUUCCUACUCCAUCUCAUCAGAUUCAACAACCCACACCACCUGAAGAAAGACGACCACAAUUAAGAGCACCACAGCAAGUUAGAAAAUCAUCUUCAAAAGAAGAUUUCACUGCUCAACAACAUCAUCGUUCAUCUAAACUCAUCUCACAUCCAGUGGCCAAGAGUCUUUCAAGAGCGUUUGGAUCUGAUUUCUUUAAUUUGAAUCAUAAACCUGAUCAAAGCACUCCAUCACAGGAAAACCGAAAAUCAAAACCAACUAGACCACGUUUACCAUCCUCAACUUCAUCUUAUCUAAGUUUUAAAUCCUUUCAUCAUCAUCAUUCACCUCAAUCUCCUCAUGAAGAUCAUCAUCCUCAUCAUCAAGAUCCAAAGAAUCACAGAUUAUCAUCAGUCGAGAUGUCAAAACCGAUGAUCUCCUUACCAUUAUUCUUAACGCCUUCCUCUUCGGCUUUACCACUGUCUCAUCCAAGAAGUCAUUCUAGUCCUGGAACGAUCCUGACUGAUCAAACACAUCUAGAAGAACACCAUCACGGUCUUGGUCAUCAUAAACGUCGACAUCGUCAAUUAACAUCAGAUGAAAAACCAUCAUCUAGAAACAGUAGUACGUUAUACCUCAAACAACUUUCGAAUCUAUUCCAUCCACAUUUAUCACAUCAUCAUCUCAAUCAAACCCCAAGAGAAAGGUUAGUUUCGACCAUCUCCACUCAAUCAUCUGCAAUGGCAAUCCCACCUACAUGGAAAGAAGAAGUAGCCAAAGAAGACUAUUUGAAUUUGUUAAGUUUGUAUGGACCACAAGAGAUGAAAAGACAAGAAGUGAUUUAUGAAUUGAUGGAAACCGAAAGACGAUAUGUUUCACAAGUUUCAAAGUUGAUGAGAUUGGUAUAUAAAUCAGAAGAGAUUGAACAUGAAUCGAUCUUUGAAGUUUUACCAAUCGAAAUCAAAUUGAUCUUUGAAGAAUUAAAGAAAAUCUUACGAAUUCAUGAAGCAGAUGUAAAUUUAUCAUCAUUGAGAUCGAAAUCGAAAGUGAAAGAAAAUGUAGCGAAAGAUUGGUUAAAGAUUAUAAACCGAUUUAAAGUGUAUGAAACGUUUUUGAUUAAAUUUGAAAAGAGUAUUCAAUCGAUUGAAGAACUUAAAAAGUUAGAUUCAGAUCAUAGGUAUUGGAUUGGAUUGAAAAGGAUCGAAAGAUUGGAAACUGAUGAUUUGAGAUUUGGUCAAAGUGAGGUGUUUAAUGGAUUAAGUUUGACUAGUUUCUUACUGAAACCGGUUCAAAGAUUAAUGAAAUAUCCACUUUUCUUCAAGGAAACAGAAGAGGAAGAGCAAGAGGAGGAAGAUGGGGUUGGAGAAGGAGAAAGGUUUAAAGAUGUGGAAGUGAUUGUGUUUGAACAUGAAAUCUUGAUUGGAAUUGAAGUUUUCAAACUGACUAGGUUUGAUGAAAGAUUGAUUUCAUCAGGAAUCAUUAAAGUUUGGGUAAAGAGUAAUUUGGGAUUAGGAAAAGAAGAAAGUGAAGUGAGUAGUGGAUUUGGGUUUGGAUUACCGAUUUUGGUUUAUGGGAAUUUGAAUGAAUCCAAAGAAAGAAAAAAGUUGAAGGAGUUUGUUAGGCUUUUGAAUGGAUUGGUUUGA